AUGAGCAAUGGAUCCAUUUGCUUUCUCCUAUCACGCCUAGCGAGAGCAGGCCGGUAUCCUCGACUGGGAGGUGUCAAUGCAAAAAUUCAUCUGGUCCGGUGGUCAUCCACCUCCGCCCCAGACUCCGCUCCGCGGCAAUGGUCCACCCCGCUCGCAAAAACCAUUGCUGAAGCUAUAAGCGUUACGGGCCCUAUCUCCAUUGCAGCUUAUAUGCGGCAAUGCCUCACGUCCCCGGACGGCGGAUAUUACACAUCCCGCGGCCAGGAGGCGGAGGGCACGGAAGUUUUUGGUGCAAAGGGAGACUUCGUCACAUCACCAGAGAUUUCGCAGAUUUUUGGCGAGUUGCUGGGCAUUUGGACUGUGGCGGAGUGGAUGGGACAAGGGAGAAGGAAAGGCGGGGUGCAGAUUAUUGAGCUGGGGCCGGGGAAGGGGACGCUUAUGGCGGAUAUGCUGAGGUCUAUUCGCAAUUUCAAGACCUUUGCGUCGGCGAUUGAGGCUGUUUAUCUGGUUGAAGCUAGUACCGUUCUGCGAGAGGUUCAGCAUAAACUUCUCUGCGGAGACGCUCCAACGGAAGAGAUAGAGGUUGGAUAUAAAAGUACAAGUGUCCACCUGGGUGUUCCAGUAAUUUGGACCGAGCAUAUUAAGCUACUCCCCGACGAACCAGAUAAAACCCCCUUCAUAUUUGCCCACGAGUUUUUCGAUGCGCUCCCCAUCCAUGCAUUCCAGUCUAUAGAGACACCACCCCGCUCGCAGACCAUAAACACACCUACCGGUCCUGCUACCCUUCACAACCCGCCAGCCACCUCUAGCUCUCCCGCCACUCAAUGGAGAGAGCUCGUCGUUUCCCCCAACCCCGAGAUCCCCGAACUGAAAAGCGGAAAUGAGCCCGAAUUCCACCUCUCACUUGCUAAAUCACCUACACCAUCUUCCCUCGUCCUCCCCGAAAUGUCUCCGCGCUAUAAAGCUAUGAAAUCCACUCCUGGGUCAACUAUAGAAAUAAGCCCGGAAGGCCAGACGUGCGCCCAAGAUAUCGCACGGCGAAUAGGGGGCUCCUUUUCCUCCUCCUCUUCAGAACAAUCAAACAAGAAACGUGUCCCAUCCGGAGCCGCUCUAAUCCUCGAUUACGGUACCACAUCAACAAUCCCCAUAAACUCCCUCCGUGGUAUCCGGAAACACCAACUCGUUUCUCCCUUCGCCGUACCGGGGCAGGUCGACAUCAGCGCUAAUGUAGAUUUUACCGCGCUAGCGGAGGCAGCUAUUGACGCUAGUCCUGGUGUGGAGGUGUAUGGGCCAGUGGAGCAGUGUCAGUUUUUGGAGGCGUUGGGGAUUUCGAAGAGAGCGUCGCAGUUGUUGACGAAAGUUGAGGGGGAGGGGGGGGAGGAGAAGAGGAAGAGGAUUGAGAGCGGGUGGAAGAGGUUGGUGGAGAGGGGAGGUGGGGGGAUGGGCAAGUUGUAUAAAGCUCUGGCUAUCGUGCCGGAGAGUGGGGGGAGGAGGAGGCCCGUUGGAUUUGGGGUGAGUGUUUUGGGGUAG